GGCGGUGGUGAGCUCGGCUCGUACGCGCGCUUGGCUGGCGUCCCGGAGCGCGGCGGGUCGGCGCGCGUGCUCGCUCGCCUGUAGCCGGCCGCUCGCUCCCGCGAGCCCUGAGGGUCUCUGGAGCCGGCGUUCCGCCUUUGUGAGGCGCUUGGGCUGUGCAGCUGAGGAAAGGGACGGAAUGCGGGUACUACAGGAGCUUUUCGCUUCUGCUCAAAAGAGUAUGGACGGAAGGGGAACCUUGGAUUGAGGGGCGCGGGCGGCACGGGGCAACCAUGACUUCUGCCGCGGAGCUUAAGAAGCCACCCUUGGCUCCCAAGCCAAAGUUUGCAGUGGCAAAUAAUAAGCCAGCUCCCCCCCCAAUUGCACCUAAGCCAGACACCAUGAAUGCUAGUGCUUCUCGGUUAACAAAGAAAACCAAACCAGCAAUUGCACCGAAACCAAAAGUUUUGACAGACUCAGUUGUUCCAGAUGCUAAGCAGUCACCAAGGAAAAUCACCAUGAACCUGGAGGAGCACGAACUGGAAUUACCUGAAAGCACUGACAAGUUUAAUUGCAAAAAUGUUGGGGAGCCACACAGUGAUUAUAUUUUACCAACAAGCUCCUACAGUUCUGACUGUAUUCAUAAGCCUGGGAAUUCAGAGAGUCUGUGUGUAAAGCAGCUUGUUUUAGAGCCUCUGGGAAUGAAAGAAAAUUUAGAAAACAAUAAAAAUGAUGAGUCCUCUUUGACUGCAAAAGGUAGAAGUAAAUGGGAUUCACAUGGUGAAAAGUGCAGGAGCCAGAGCAGAGUAAUUUUAAAGGCCAGCUUGCUGGAAGAGAAGCUCAAAGAGGUUUUAACACAGCAGACAUCUCCUUGUGCCCCGAGGAAGCACAGCUCCCCAGACAACCCAGAAGUGAAUGGUGACUGCAAUUCCAGCAGACAGUUCAGAAUUGAAUUUGCAGGUUUGUCACCUUCCCUGUCCAGUUUUGAAAAAGUUCCUUCUCAUCACGGCUGCCACCAAGAGCUUCCUAGGGAUGAAUCUCAAAAUCCUGAGACUUGUCGGGAUGACAGUGAAAACAGCAGUGGUCACUUCCAUUCAUGUGAACCAGAUGGCAAAAGGGGGACUUUGCUGUCUUCAGAUGGAAUUGGUGAGACAACACAAGUCGAAGAUCUUGGGCCUUUAGAAAUUUCCUUAAUACGUCAUACCUCAAGAUUUCCAACUCCCAAACCCAGGAAGACUCACACUGCCCGGCUACUUCGCCAAAAGUAUGUAGAUACUCCUAAUCAAAGUACUGAAGAACCAGAGACUUCAAACAAUACCUCUUCUUGUCUUACUGAUGAUAGUUUGAAAAACAAUAAAGUCGGUGUUCUUCAUCAGAAUGUUUUCUAUAACCAGGAGCAAGUGAACAAAGUGAAGCCAAGGAAUAAAAGGGAAUUGACUAGUGAGUCCAACAGUGACCGACGAGGCCAUUCUGAGAAAGCUGUGUGUCAUGAGACAUCUUCCUUUGAAGAAGUGACACCUUCUUUAGAUACAGACUCUAAUUUCAGUUCAGACAGCACAAUAGAAGAUGGUUCUAGUACAUUAUCUACUGUGGACAAAGGGACCAGCUUUAUAAGAUCCAGUGCUCAGUCUUUGAGCCUGCCUAAGCAGGUCAAAUUAACUUACAAUGCAUAUCUGCCAACUACGUGUGACCCAGGAUCGUCAGUCCUUCAGGUGCAAAAGGAAUCUUCCUCAAAAAUUGUUCCCAAAAAACCUCAAAGACACAGCUUGCCUGCUUCAGGAAUGCUUAAAAAGGCUGCUUCUGAUGAACUUGUGGAAAAAAAAUCUUAUUCUUCAAGUGAAGAAAAAAAUUCAGAGAAGGAUCUACAAAGAAAUCACCUUCAACCUUUGUGUCCCCUAAACCAUGGUAUAACAUCAUCAUCCUUUGAUAAGCCCAAACCAAUUUCAGAAAAGCCAGUAUGGAAAUUACCUCAUCCUAUUUUACCCUUUUUAGGGAACCCAGAAUCCUUGAAGUGUGUCACUUUAUCCUCAAAUAAUGAGCCUCCUAUUGCCUUAUCGAAGCCAAGAGCAAAAUCAUUAUCUGCUGUGGAUAUGGACAGGUGCAAUAAGCCUUGCAAAGAGCCUCCUAAGAAAACCUCUUUUAAAAAGUUGCUUAAUGUGAAACUGUCCAUUGGUUUCAUGAAGAGUGACUUUCAGAAAUUUAGGUCAAAAAGUAGCCAGCAUGGAGAUGCCACUACAGGACAUGUGCUCAGUACAGGGCAGCAAGGGCUUGAAAGUGAUUGGCAUGGUUUGCUGAUAGGAGAAAAGAGAAGUAAAACCAUCAAGGCAUAUUCUGCAGAUAAUUGCAGCCUAGAAUCUCAGAAGAUGAAGAAGUCUUGGGAUCAGAUGAGUACAGCGAAUGGUCAGAGAGCUGAGUCUUUGGAUGACCAGAUGCUCUCCAGGGAUUCAUCUUCUCAGGUGCCCUGCAAGUCUAUUACAAGUGACAGUGCACCAGAGUAUGAAAAUGUACGCCAUUAUGAGGAGAUACCCGAGUAUGAGAAUUUACCAUUUCUUAUGGCUGGAGGGAAAACUCCAGAGUUGGAAUGGCAGAAUUGCAGCAGUGUGGAGGACACCGAUGCAAACGUUUAUGAGGUGGAAGAGCCCUAUGAGGCUCCAGAUGGCCAGCUGCAACUUGAACCUAAACAUCAGUGUUCCAGCAGUUCUGGAGCAUCCCAAGAAGGACAGGAUGAUCUCGAUCUUGGUCUUGGUGACUUGCCAUCUGAUGACGAAGUCAUCAGCAGUUCUGAUGAAGAUGAUGUCAGCUCUGAGUCCAGUAAAGGAGAGCCAGACCUGCUGGAAGAUAAACAGGAUGAAGAUACUGGAAUGAAAAGUAAAGUUCAUCUUAUUGCCAAGGAGAUCAUGAGCUCAGAGAAAGUAUUUGUGGAUGUGUUAAAACUUUUGCAUAUUGAUUUUCGGGAUGCUGUGGCCCAUGCUUCCAAGCAACUUGGGAAGCCAGUGAUUGAUGACCGAACCCUAAACCAGAUCCUGUACUACUUACCUCAGCUCUAUGAACUCAACCGGGAUCUCCUAAAGGAACUGGAGGAAAGAAUGUUGAACUGGACUGAACAACAAAGAAUUGCUGAUAUCUUUGUAAAGAAGGGACCAUAUUUAAAAAUGUAUUCCACAUACAUCAAAGAAUUUGAUAAGAAUAUAGCUUUGCUGGAUGAGCAGUGCAAGAAAAAUCCAGGUUUUGCUGCUGUUGUUAGAGAAUUUGAGAUGAGCCCUCGCUGUGCCAGCCUGGCCCUGAAGCACUAUCUGCUGAAGCCAGUCCAGAGGAUCCCUCAGUACCAGCUUUUGUUGACAGAUUAUUUAAAGAAUCUCUUAGAAAACUCUGGAGAUUUUAGAGACACUCAAGAUGCCCUGGCUAUUGUUAUAGAGGUAGCUAACCAUGCCAAUGACACCAUGAAGCAAGGGGACAACUUUCAGAAGCUUAUGCAAAUUCAAUACAGCUUAAGUGGACACCAUGAAAUUGUGCAACCUGGACGGGUUUUUCUCAAAGAAGGAACUCUGAUGAAGCUGUCUCGGAAAGUCAUGCAACCCCGAAUGUUUUUCCUGUUUAAUGAUGCCCUGCUGUAUACAACACCCAUGCAGUCUGGGAUGUACAAACUGAACAACAUGCUCUCGUUGGCUGGAAUGAAGGUCAGAAAACCCACCCAGGAGGCGUAUCAGAAUGAAUUAAAGAUUGAAAGUGUGGAACGUUCUUUCAUCCUCUCAGCCAGUUCUGCCACAGAAAGGGAUGAAUGGCUGGAGGCCAUAUCCAGGUCAAUAGAAGAGUAUGCCAAGAAAAAAAUUACCUUCUGCCCUAGCAGGAGUCUUGAUGAGGCGGACUCAGAAAAUAAAGAGGAAGUUAGUCCCCUUGGAUCAAAGGCUCCCAUCUGGGUUCCUGAUACAAGAGCCACCAUGUGUAUGAUCUGUACAAGUGAAUUUACUCUGACCUGGAGAAGACACCACUGCCGGGCCUGCGGAAAGAUCGUGUGCCAAGCCUGUUCAUCGAAUAAGUACGGCCUAGAUUACCUGAAAAAGCAGCUGGCAAGAGUAUGUGAGCACUGCUUCCAAGAACUACAGAAAUUAGAUCAUCAGCUGUCACCUAGGAUUGGAUCUCCCGGAAAUCACAAAUCUCCUUCAAGUGCCUUAUCAUCAGUCUUACAUAGUAUCCCGUCUGGGAGGAAACAGAAAAAAAUCCCAGCUGCUCUCAAAGAAGUAUCAGCAAACACAGAAGAUUCUACUAUGAGUGGUUACUUGUACAGAUCCAAGGGCAAUAAAAAACCGUGGAAACACUUGUGGUUUGUCAUAAAAAAUAAAAUACUCUAUACAUAUGCUGCAAGCGAGGAUGUGGCAGCUUUGGAGAGUCAGCCUUUACUAGGUUUUACUGUCACUCAAGUCAAAGAUGAGAAUUCAGAGUCAAGAGUGUUUCAGUUACUGCACAAAAGCAUGUUAUUUUAUGUAUUCAAGGCAGAUGACGCCCACUCAGCUCAGAAGUGGAUAGAAGCCUUUCAGGAAGGCACAACCUUGUAGCAGUAUUGGCUUCAUCUCUCCUGUGAUUUCAACAAGGUGGAUAGUCAGAAGAAUGGAGUAAAAGCUACUCAAAAAUUGUGGGAAAAUGAACACUGCCAAGAUAAAUCCACUCAUAGUCUUCACUAGAUACAGAAAUUGUUUUGUUGGGUAUAUACAGUUCUUUUUAAAUGUCUGGUUUUCAUGUAUGUUAUUUAUUAAAAUUUUGAUGUUUACUUACUGGUCAGAAUUAUUUCUGAGACUCACUGAAUUUUAAAGUACUGUUUAGAGACCAGAAAACUUACCUUAAUACUGUAUAUUGUACAAAUUAUUUGAUACACCAUCCACACUGUUGUCUCUGCCUUACAUUGUGACACUUUCACGAUUAGUAAAUCUUUGUAAGUGAAAAACAUAUCAAGGAGCGAAUUUCCAUGCAGUGCUUGGUUUAGAAAUUACAAUUAUUAUAAAAUUUCUGAUAAAAUGCAUGUUUUUCAAUCGCUAAACUUAGAUGGAUUUUUUUAUGUCAUAAUAAAAGACACAUAGCCAGCUUCUACCUCAGUAACUUAAAUUUCAGCAGAUUAUAUAAAGUACACUUCAGAUAUAUAGUAUACUUUUUGUUUCUCUCCAGGUGUGUAAGUUAUUAUCAUCAAACCUGAAUUUAACCUGUGAAUAGAAACAAGGACGUUCAUGUUCACAGGUGGAUAUAUAUAAUGAACUCUAUGGACUUUUCACUAAAUAAAGUCUUUUGUUUUUCUGUAGUGGAGAUUAAACCUCUACUUGCUAGUGGAGUGAGCUACCACUGACUUGGCUUUUUUUUUUUUCUCCUUUCUUCUCCUUCAGAUAGGAUCUUGCUAA